CACACAUAAUAUGGUGAUGAGCCGCAUUCUGACUGACACAAUGCAGAAGCAGUUUCUAAAUCUUCUGGUGAAGGAUCACAGUAAUCCCAGUACGUGGCCACUCUUACUACAUUGUCGCUCUUUGGCAGUUGUAGCACAGAUGAUUAUGUUAAAGCCUCUGCAGGAAAGAACAAAUGCAGUAUUAAAAUGUUUGGAAACGAUUGAUAAAUACAAUAGUAGAAAGUGUCACACGUCCAAUUGGUGUGUAUGAACCAGACUCUGAAGAUUUAAACAUUGAACAUGCUUAUGUUCUCUUAUAUUUGUUUCACUCCCUGAACUUAAUACCAAGGAAAUCAGUUAUGUUAAUGACUGCCAGUGCAGCUAUUCGUUGUGCUGAUGCAGUCAAGCAGCAAAUGAGUGACUUGCAAAUCUUAUAUCUUUCAAGACUGAUUCUUCUCUUUGAAUAUCAGCUGAAAUAUCUGUACGAAGCUCCACAGUCACUUUUGGAACGGGUUGACUGGAUACUGUUUAGAGCACCAGCUGUUGUAUAUGAUAAUAGCAGAAAUAAAUCAGAGCAUGCAUUCAUUGCUGCUGAAGUUGAAGCAACAUUCCAAAGACUUGCAAACCAACAAGAUAGCCAGUUCCGCCCAAGAUUCUAUUUCCUGACCAUGCCAGAGGGAAGCAAUCAAGAUGUACCGAAACUGGAUGGACUGGCAUGUAACUUCAUUGUUGGUUCACCUGGAAAGUGGAGUUAUGACUCUCUUUUGAAUUCAGUGAUUGAAAUUCUUAAUGUAGCUGAUCAAGUGUGCCCAGCAAUGAAACGGGAGAAGGAAAUGUCUGUUAUUGGACAUUGUUCAGUGAGAUAUUGCUUCACUGUCUGCUGGAGGAUAGUUCAGAUGCUGCCACCAUCUAUACAAUUUAUGGAGAGACUAACUAGAGCACAAGAUAAAUGUUGUGCUUCUCAUGGACUUCACCAUACGUUGUGGGCACCACGUUUGAGCGCACGGAACUUUAAUACAUGGAUACUGGAAUACCUUCUGAAACAGACAGCAAAUGGUCAAAUUUUGGAAGAUGUUAUUCAAAAUGUAAAUGUAAAUAUGACUACAACAAAACUGGAUAUUUCACUUGUGAAAGAAUUUAUUGCAAGAUUUACACCUAAAGUCACUAAUGCAAAGCAACUUGUUCCCAAGUCCAGUAUGCCAAAAUUGACAGAUGUGUUCUUAUUAGAUGUUUUGAUGACAAGGCUUCAUGUUACUGUUGAAGAUGGUUUCCUCGAAAAUGAAGACUCUGAUUCAGACACACAAGGCCCAGAGUCAGUUGCUGUAGCUACUGCUGCUGCACUGUAUACUGAAGAGUUAUUGCCACACAUUUUUAAGCUUCUGGACUGUGUGCUAGCCUGCAUGAGGUCAGGCAUUUUAUAUCAGAUUGAACACAUGAUGAGCUCUGUAACUGAUCGAUUUUACCUACAGGAUCUUUCAACCAUUGGAGAAAUGUUAUUCAUUAGCACAAACAGAAAUGUGAAAACAUUUGCAAUUUCAGCAACACUAUUGGGUCUUCUACCUCACACAGUAAUAAGCUUCUUGGACAAAUGGGGACAAGACAUUGUUAAAUAUGAUUGGGUGAAAUACCGUGGUGACAUCAUCCCUUCUGAGAGUUUUAUGAUGGAAAUAUUAGGAAAUCAUGUCACAGCCCUCUCAUGUGAACUGUCUUCUAGCCUCAAUAUGUCACUGAAAUAUUUAACAAAUUCACUAGUGACUUUUAUCACUAAACAUAUACAGAGAUGUCCAUAUAAAGGUGAUCUGCAACGUCAGGGUGCAAAAAUACUCAUGCCGCUGACACUAGAUAUCCGCACAGAAUAUGUUGUGCGUGAAGUUCUUCCAAUUCUCGAAGAUAUUGAUGGUCCAAGUGAUAAUGAACAAUUUUUAGUUCACUGUUACACCAUUGUAUUGGAGCAUUGUGAAAAUCUAAUGAAACUGGUUGACCGUCGCAUUAAAAACGGGGAGCAAAUAUUACCAGCUGAUGAAGUUGCAUUAAUAGAAUGCCUUAAAUUUAUUGAAGUUUUGUUGGAGAAACCUUAUGGUAUAAGAACGUUAAACAAGUUCUUUUUUGAAGAAAGUUCGAAACAUCCAUUUUUGGACUUAUUUCAAUUUGUACCAACAUCGCAAGGAACUCUGUCAACCACAUAUAUAAUGUUUAGUCUCAGGAUGUUGCAGAAAAUGUGCGCUGGAGAAUCUCCAGCCCACACCACACUGUACUCAAGUGUGAAAGGAGUUAUAGGCACUUUCUCCGAAAUCACCAAGGUGAACAGUGCAGUUCUUCAUGGCUGGCUGAUGCAUCUGUUAACAGGGCCUAGCAGUGAUGAAAUAGCGGAUUUAGCCAUGCAGCCAGUCGUAAUAAUGCCAAGUGUACAACCAAGUUCUACACAGGCUACACAGCCAUCCACAAACUAUGGCCCGACAGAUUGGAAAACACUGUCUCCCAUGGGAGAUUCACUAUCAGCAGGCCAGUCAUCAACACCUCAGAACAAAUCUUCCACAGAUGCAGCUCCACCUGAUCCAGAUGUCCCAGCCACAACUGAAGAACAAAGGAAUCUUGUUAAGGAAAAUUAUACGCUCCUACAAAGUCUGUGUGCCUACUUUGUGAAAGAAGACAGUGGUAUAUCAGAAGAGGUUGCCAUAACUUUAUUAAAAGCGCUAAUAAAAGUUACAUCUACAUUUUUGACAUCUCCUUACGAUGGCCAAGGUUUUGCCGAUCUUAUGGUCACGAUGAGGACACUUGCUGAAAGUGGCACUGGAAAUGGAUUCAUUCUGCUCUUCAAAGCUGCUACGGAUUGGCUUGACAUAUGCAAGUCUUAUUUAAACCUCUGGGAAAUACAACAAGUGUUAGAAAAGGAACAAUCACCUCUGAAGCACAAAGGAAUGUGUGAGGCAGCAUGUGGUAUUAUGAAUUUUAUGAGCUGUGUUUUUGAGGCAAUCAGCCCUCCAAGCCUAGGACUGCAGAAUCAAACGCCUUGGGAUGAUGAUAUGACAUCAGAUAGAGAGUCUGACCUCAUUGAAGACAUGGAACCAGAAGAUGAUGAAAGUGAAGAAGAUGAUUCUGAUGAAGAUAGUUUGUGUAACAGAUUAUGCACAUUUACGAUUACUCAGCGAGAAUUUAUGAACCAGCACUGGUAUCACUGUCACACAUGCAAGAUGGUUGAUGGUGUGGGUGUUUGCUCAGUUUGUGCCCGUGUAUGCCAUAAGGGACAUGAUGUUACUUACGCCAAGUAUGGCAAUUUCUUUUGUGAUUGUGGUGCUCAAGAGGACAAUUCGUGCAUUGCUUUAUCAAAACGUAGUCGUCUGGCAAGUGAGGAUGCCCAUACACAGAACAUGCCCUCAGCUGAUCAGCCAUUGUCAUCCACUCCAAUGCAGCAGCGGAAUGUCUCUCCUGUUCAUGUGGAAUCUGGUACAGAAGGAACUGCUAAUGCAGAAGCAGCAAAGCAGUCUCAUCAUACUUCAAAAAUAAUUGCUAACCAUAGAGAGGAAAUUCUUCGUGAACUUAAUGACAACCGUGUUAUGUCAUGCCUAAUGGAUUUAUUGAUUGGGUUUGUGCCAGCUAUGCAAUGUGCCUGUAGAACAAGCAAAGUUGUUGGCAGCUACAAAAGAGCAAGAGAUUCUUUAUUUACUCUGCAUCUGACCCCAAAGAAAUUUGAAUUGACAGAGACGUUAAUGGUUCCAACACUUGGCUCUCAAGAAGGUGCUUUUGAGAAUGUGCGUAUGACAUAUUCUGGAGAGCAAGGUCAAACUAUCAGACAGCUGUUAUCUGCACAGAUGAUCAGGAGGGUAGCAAUGUGCUGUAUGUCAUCCCCUCAUGGGAAGAGACAUCAUCUUGCGGUUUCUCAUGAGAAAGGAAAAAUAACUGUUUUACAGUUAAGUGCAUUGUUGAAACAACCAGAGGCUUCUAAGAGGAAACUGACUCUAACUCGUUUAUCCUCUGCGCCAGUUCCAUUUACAGUCUUGUCAAUAACAGGCAAUCCAUGCAAUGAAGACUUUCUAGCAGUAUGUGGACUUAAGGAUUGCCAUGUUCUGACAUUUAGCAGCAGUGGAACUGUUGUUGAUCAUUUGGUUCUUCAUCCUCAACUAGAGACUGGAAAUUUCAUCAUAAGAGCCAUAUGGCUGCCAGGAUCCCAAACAAAGUUGGCAUUGGUUACAGCUGAUUUUGUUAAAAUCUAUGACUUGAGCAAAGACGCUCUUAGCCCACAGUACUUUUUCCUAAUUCCUGCGGGGAAAGUUAGGGAUUGCACUUUUGUCUCAUCACAGUAUUUGGAGAGAAAUCCAGAUGGCUGUGAUCAUAUGCUUCUGAUGUGUUCAAAUGGUCAUAUAUAUGAUCAGGUUAUGAAUGAGGAAAGCUCUGCACUGAAUGGUCCGUUCUAUGUUACCAAUACAUUGACACUUUGUCAUCCAGAAAUUGGAGAAGUUGUUGGACAAAUCGCAUCCCAAGGUGGAGUUUCUGUUUACUACUCUCAUAGCCUACAGAUGUUAUUUUGGAGCUACGUAAAUGGAAAGAGCUUUAUGGCACCAUUGCGCUGUUUAGCUGACUGUGUUACAGCUGUAUUUCCAAUCCAGUUUGGAAAACAAACAACAAAUGGCAAUAAAGCAAAUAAUUCUCAACCUCAGCCUUUGUGCCAGUGGACAGAAGUGCCAAAUCACCCCGGACUCGUUUGCAGCCUCAUGCAAGGAAGUAACAAUCCUGUAAUACUGAUGUUAAAACCAGAUGUAUUUCUGGUGCAAGAAAUUAAAGUUGUACCAUCAAAGGCUAAAAUUAUGGACAUGGUUGUAGUUCGUCAUCCUUCAUCUAGUUGUGAAUAUCGCACAACACUAAUCUUACUUUGUGAGGAUGGAAGUCUGAGGAUAUAUAUGGCUGGUUUGGAAUCAACAGGGUAUUGGCUGUUACCUAGUAUCAAAAAUAUUGCCAAGACACACAAAGUUCCUAAGAAGAAGAAACCAUAUAAAUUAGGAAAAACAACUGGCACGGUUGUGUUUCCAGUUGAUUUCUUUGAACAUUGUGAACCAAUAAAUUCAGUUGAAUUUGGAGGUAAUGACCUGCUACAGAUAUACAGUGCUCAUCAAAUAAAACAUCGACUCAAUACUACAGGUUUGUAUGUUGCAUCAUCAAAAGCUUCAGGAUUCAGUAUUGAAGUUACCAACCCUGACCCUGCUACAAUGAUAAUGGGGAUAAGAGUUCUGCUUGGUACACAAGAUGUGCAGAAAGCUCCAACUUACAUUGAGGUAUUUGGUAGAACUGUCCAAACAAAUCUGACACGUAGCAGAUGGUUUGAUGUGCCUUUCACUAGAGAAGAAAGUCUCCAGGCAGAUAAAAAGUUCACCAUAACUUUUGGACCUUCAGCAGAUGUGGAACAUAUAUCCAUGGUUGACUGCAUAAAAAUUUACGGGAAGCUAAAAGACAUUUACAAUUGGAGUGAUGACACUGAAGAAUUGGUAACCAGUGCCACGGCCCAUCCACAAGCUGCAGCAGCAACUGAUGGAGAUGAUAGUGGUAUUGAUGUACCACAGAAUCUGUCAUGCCUUGAAAAGGUCCUCUCUUCUGUAUUGUCUGUUAUUGACAACUUUUUUGGAGUUAACCUUCCAACUACAGAUGAUCUCCAGGUGUUCAAAUCUCAUGCUAAGGACCUUGUUACAUUAUUGUUAUAUAUACCUGUUCCAUCCUGUGUUGAGACUGCUGCAGAAUCACUUCUGUCAACAUUACAUCCAACAAGGACUGCAUAUUUCAAUUAUAAAGACCAUGUUCUUCUAGGCCAUGUAAACACAGAGUUUGCACUUAUGAGAGAUCAACAAGAUCCUAAGACCAUAGAUGCAGAGGCAUUUUACCAACUAGUUAUGACCAUAAGAAGUAUAGCUGUUGCAAGGCCCCACAAUUUAGCAAAAUUUGAGAAAAUUGUAAAUGAAGAACAUCCACCAUCAUGUCCAAGUGAAGCUGCAGAAAGAGCAAAACAUUUUAUAGUGAGAGUAGUCGAAACAUUGUGGCGUAUUCAUUCAGCCCGGCCAGUGAAUAUGACAUUAGCUCCAGUGUAUAUAAUAGGAUUAACACAGAUAGAAGCAACUGUACAGGCUGUUGUGGAAAUUAUUCAUGCAUUCACAAUUUCUGAUCCUGAAAAUACACUCCCAACUGCUGCAGCACUCUACUUACAACUUUUGUUGUGUGAGGAUGUGCUAGUGAGCUUCAGUGCAAAACAGGCGUUACUUAGAGUCUUAAGACCAAGAGUUCAGAGACAGCGAGGUGCUGUAGCAACACCACCAGUUUGUAGCACACCAGGUGGUCUCACUGUCACAGAAGUUACAUAUGAAAAGUCGCCAGGAUCUGUACAGUCACAAGAACGCACGCAGCAGGAGCAGGCCGAGGCUAUAGAGCCUCCAGAACCGACUGUCAGCUUGGCCCCCGAACCGAGUUAUAGUGCUAGUUCAAGCUCAAUAAGUGAUGGGUCAGUAGAAACCCUCUUGAAUGCUGCCGGUAACUUCCCAGCUUUGAUGGACAUACCUCCUGACACCGAUGAUGAAACAUUAGUUGAACUGGCAAUAGCACUCAGUUUACAGGGAAUGGAUCCUAGUUUAGCCCAAGGAACUCAUCAGGAGGCUGGUCAUUAUUCGGAUACUACAGCAUCUGCUGGUGGAUCAGAUGAUGAAGGGUCCACUGCUGCUACUGACGGUAGUACUCUACGUACUUCUCCCACUGAACAGAUGCAGGAUGCAGAUGAACCAGAACAGAAGGUGGAACAGGAACAUGAUGAAGAUACAGAUGCUGAAGAAGAAACAAGUAGUCCACGUAUUCAUUUUCUUCGGCUUGCACUAUUGGAGCACUUCAUUGGUGCCGUUUCUAAGCUCAAAAACCUGGGAGGAGUCAAAUCUAUACCCUUUUUGCAAGUUGUUUUGAUGCUGACAAGUGAUCUUUAUGGCAAUGAAGAAAGAAGUCAGGACUGCUUGAAACAGUUACUAUCUGCACUUUUAAAUGAGUUAAACCUGAAACAACCUGAUACAAGCAAUGUGUCGGAGCGCAAUAAGAACCGUGAAGUGUGUUUAGUAAUCAUGAGGCUUCUUAGUGUUAUGUUAUCUCGUACCAAGUCAACGAGUAAGGCAACAACAGAGAAUACAUCAUUUGUAUCAAGUGUUACCUCCACCACAUUGAGGGAAUCUGAUCUAAUUAACUAUUGUUUGGCAUUAUUGAAGUCACUUUUAAAUUACUGGAAGAGUUCAUCUCCAGAAGAAGGAACUUCUAUAGUAGGUGGAACCUUGCUUAAGGCUCGUCCAACCAUCCCACCACCUGAUAUGGCACCAUUCUUCCUCCGACAGUAUGUGAAGAGCCAUGCAGCUGAUGUGUUUGAAGCUUAUCCUCAAUUGUUGACCGAAAUGGUGUUGAGACUACCUUAUCAAAUCCAUAAGAGUAGUUUGACUCAAGCAAAGACCAUACUUGUUGAUGAGGCAAGUGAACAGGAAUGGCGCUAUUACCUCUGCGAAUAUAUGAUGACUCAACAGACACCUUUCGUACGUCGGCAAGUUAGAAAAUUACUGCUUUCUAUCUGUGGUACAAAAGAAGAAUACCGGCAAUUGCGGGAUUUGCAUUCUCUGAACUCGCAUUUCAAUUGGAUUCAGCAAGUAUGUUCUUCACACGGAUUAGACCCACAGUCUCCAUAUCCUCGAUGCAAUACACUGCCUUAUGAUACUUUGGUGGAACUAGUUGAACAUUUGAAGGCAUGUGUCGAAGUUGCAUCUUCUCGUGUUGGUCACUGGCAAACAUACUGUGCACGUGACACACAACUUGUACCAUUCCUCAUUAAGGCAUGUUGUUUGCUGGAUGAAGGUGUUGCUCCAACUAUAUUGCAACUGCUACAGUGCCUUGUUUGUGACAAGGAAUCUGUUCAGAGUGCAAGGACACCUCGAUCAGUGGCAUCAGCAACUUCAGUACCAGCAGCUACAUCUGCAGGACCUACAGCUGCUGCCUCAACACUGACGAUUCUACCAGUAUCUGCACCCUCAACUACAUCCCUCGUGCCCUCAACUACUCCAUCAAGUUCAUCACUAUCUUCAUCUUCGUUAUCAUCUCUAUCCUCAUCAUCCCUGUCAUCAGCAGGAACAGCUUUUCCAACGUCAUGUAGUGCAUCGUUCCCAAAUUAUAACCCACCUUUUCCCACUACAUGUAGUGCAUCUUUCCCUGUGUCAGUAGCCUUUGUGUACCCCUCCCCAGGAACUCUGUCUUUUGUGACAGCAGCUCCUUCAGCAAUUUCCCUUGGUGCACACACUGUUUACAGUUCGACUAGUUUACCCUUAUCACCACCCACAUCGAGGAUCUCAAUUGGUAAUGCAUCAUUGUCAUCUAGUUCAUCUACUUCUCUUGAUUCAGUUCCUGUUACUGUAAUUUUUCAAAGACACUCAACAACAUCAACAACACGCUCCACUGCACAAGGUGUGUGUGCCACAAGUACAGUACAGAGUGCACCAACAGCUGUAUCGACCACAGCAAGGAUGCCACCCACUACAACACAACCUCCAUCUGGCACCUUUGAGUCAGCCACCGCGGAAGACCAAGAAGGGGCUGCAUUCAGAAAUGUGUACCCAGAUGUUGCCGCAAGAGCAUGGCCUGUUCCAACAACUUAUUUAAGAACUAGUACAUCAUAUUCAUUACAGUCCUCACCCAGGACCCAGCCAACAUCAGGUGUGACAUUGUCAACUAUAACUGGCCCACUGUCUACAAGUCUCUUGCCCCCAUCAAACUGGGCUGUCCCAGGACCAUCUACAUGGACAGUUCCUGGUCCGUCCACUUGGGCAGCCCCAGGUUCAUCACUUUGGCCUGUUCCGGGAACGUCUGCACCAACAGCUCCAGGACAGUCAACAUGGACAGUUCCUGGUCCAUCUGUGCCUGGUGCUUCUGGCACCUUCAUUUCUAGGGCCCCCAGCUCAUUGUCAUCCAGAGCUCCUGGCUCUGCAAUUUCCAGAGCUCCUGGCCCAUCUUCUUCUGGUGCCCCAGGCACUUCAGUUCCUAGCUCUGUCGGACUGUCUGCCUCCAGCGCUCCUGGACCAUCAACCUCUGGUGCCGCUGGGCCCUCUACUUCUGUCUCUCCCAGACUAUCAGCUUCUGGUACUCCGGCCACUGGUCUACCUGGUCCUUCUACAUCUGUAGCUCCUGGGCCAUCCACAUCUGCUGGAGCUCCUGGACCUUCCUUGUCUGCAGCACCUGAUGCCUCUGGUGGUGCUGACCUAGGUCCUUCUACAUCAGAAGAACAGCGGCCUUCAAUUGUUAUAGAAUCUGGCCCACCAACAUGGAUGCUCCCUUCCUCAUCCUCAGUGGAACUAGUAGAGCCUUUCGAAACAGAAUCAUCAGUGACAGGUGCCACAACAGUUACAGAGGAAACUGAGAAAAUAGAGAGUGUGCUGAGUGAAGCUAGCUUUCAGGAAGACCUCUGUAGUGUGUUCGUUAGUUCAAUUUUCUCUCAGGUCUCUAGGGAUUUCCUCACGCGCUUUGUAAGGACAUUCCUUUUAGAGACAAAUGCCACUGCUGUUCGCUGGCAGACUCAUGCACUGCUUCUGGGUAUAUUCAAGCACUCCCAAGAAGCAGAGUGUGAUAUAUUAUUGGAGAUUAUGUGGAGCUUAUGGCCUCAGUUAUCAGCUUUUGGUCGGAAAGCUGCCCAGUAUGUGGACUUGUUGGGCUAUUUCACAUUAAACACAGAAAAUCUUCCUAGGGAUCUGUCGGAGUAUGUAGAAGAGGCUGUAAAUUUACUGCAAGCCCAGAACAGAGUUUUAUCUUGUCAUCCUAAUUCCAAUCUGUACAGCCAAGUGGCACAAUUUGUGGAACUUGAUGGCUUUUAUUUGGAAAGUGAGCCAUGCCUAGUGUGUAAUAACCCAGAGGUACCAUAUACCUCAAUUAAACUUUCUACUAUAAAGAUUGAUUCAAAGUUUACAACUCAUACUCAGAUUGUGAAACUCAUUGGAAGUCAUACGAUUAGCAGAAUCACACUUCGUAUAAGUGAAUUGAAAAGGACAAAAAUGGUGCGAACAAUCAAUAUUUACUACAACAAUCGAACAGUGCAAGCUGUUGUUGAAUUGAAAAAUAAACCAGCUAUGUGGAACAAAGCAAAGAAAGUGACGUUGACAUCUGGACAGACAGAAUCCAAAAUUGACUUCCCAUUGCCAAUUGUUGCAUGCAACCUUAUGAUCGAGUAUGCAGAUUUUUAUGAAAAUAUCCAGGCCUCCACAGAAACACUCCAAUGUCCAAGGUGUUCAGCAUCUGUACCUGCUAAUCCUGGUGUUUGCACAAACUGUGGUGAAAAUGUCUUUCAGUGCCACAAAUGCAGGGCAAUUAAUUAUGAUGAAAAGGACCCAUUUUUAUGUCAUGCUUGUGGAUUCUGCAAGUAUGCAAAAUUUGAUUAUUCCUUGACUGCAAGACCAUGCUGUGCAGUGGACAAAAUUGAAAAUGAUGAAGACCGUAAGAAGACAAUUUCUGUUAUAAACACACUCCUUGAAAAAGCUGACAGAAUUUAUAAAACUAUCAUGACAAAUAAACCAGCGUUGGAGCUCCUGUUACUGAAAAUCAGUGAGCACCGUUUGGACCGCACAGUUGAAGAUGGAAUACAAACUGGAAGUUCAGGAAGCACACAGGUUAAUCGCGCUAUCCAACUGUUAGCUCAACGAUAUUGUGGUGAAUGUAAAAAUUCAUUUGAAGAACUAAGCAAAAUUGUGCAGAAAGUGCUUGCAUGCCGAAGAGAGCUCUUAGCAUAUGACCAAAAUGACCAAGUGUACAGUGAAACAGGUGAAGCUAGUAGUGUAACCGAUCAAGAGUAUGAAUUGCAACAGCCUUGUGAAUUAGAGGCACUGCCGCCUUUGCAAUUACAAGAGGAAGAGCUUGAAGUAAACAUUCGUGUUCUGCCACAGCCUCUGAUCAGCAGUUGUUAUGGUUGUGCAUCAUCAGCCACUGAACUCUGCCUCACAUUGCUUCGUGCUCUUGCAUCUAAGGAGGAGUCACGACUUCUGCUUAUCUCUGAAGGCCUAAUUGCAGAACUUCUUGAAUAUAAUUUGCGUCGUGGAACUGGACAGGUACAAGAAGAGGUCAGACAAUUACUGUGUUUAUUAACUCGUGAUAACCUACAAGCAACUGAGCAUCUACGUCAGAUGCUGAUGGAUCGUAUCUCUCUAGCACUGAGAGGACACAGAGCGAGUGUAGAACUUACCUUUGCCGUUCGCCAUGAAAUGAAUUUGUUGUCUACUCUGGUGCAAAAAGAUGACUCAUGUUGGGAGCAGAAGAUAAGGUGUGUGAUGCAGCUGUUCAUUAUUGCGUGUGAAGAUUCUCAUUCACCUGUUGUCAUGCAAUCUAUUAUUCUGCCAUGCCUCAAAAUGCUUCAGAGUCUUAUUAAACCUGACCAGCCAUUAUCCAAAAAGAACAAGGAUAAGACAGUGGACGCUCUGGCUAAUAUCAGCCCUAAAGAGGGAAUCAAUAUAGUAUUGGAAAAAUAUUUACAAGGAGAUCCAAAAUAUUACUAUGCCUACUGGUACAUGCGUAAACCAGAAAAGAUUGCAGAUUUGUCAUCAAGGAAUCUAAACAAAAAUGAAUGGAGGAAGAUAUACCUAGCAGAAAAAUACUUUGGCCGUUGGCACCGUAAAGUUUUUGGUGAACCAGAACCCUUGUUGUUAUGGGAAGGAUCAUGGUUGAGAAAUGUCCUGUUCAAUCCCUGCAGCAGAUUAGCACGACAGGUUACUUGCAACAUGCUUGAAAGUUUUUGUCAAGUAGCUGUACGAAAGCGAAAGAUAAUUGAUCUCUUAACAGCAUAUCUUCGUGAACUUAGUACUGCUGGAGAAAGUGCUGCUGAAUAUCUCUCAUUGUAUCAGUCCUUAAUUCAGCCUCCUCCAUGGAAAGAGUACCUAGCGUUGAGAGGCAUAUUAGUACACAUAGCUGGCCUUCUUACACAGGAGAUUGAGGAGCUACAUCACCUUGAAGAGACUACUCUAACUUCGAACCUUUCUCAAGGGUAUGCCCUGAAGAUGCUUACAGAACUGCUUGCACUGUUCCUGGAACAAGACUGUAUCAAGCAGCAAUAUAAAGGCCAGCUUGUCAGUGCUGUUCUUAAUGGCUAUGUAUCUCUUCGAAGACUGGUGAUCCAGAGAACAAGGCUUAUUGAUGAAACUCAAGAGAAGCUCCUUGAAAUAUUGGAGGAAAUAACAACAGGAACAGAAGAUGAAACAAAGGAGUUUAUGGCAAUUUGUAUUGAUGCUGUUAAGAAGUAUAGUCUGCAUGAUAUGCGUACACCAGUUUUCAUAUUUGAAAGAAUAUGUUCAAUAAUUUAUCCUGAAGAUAGUGAUACAGGUGAAUUUUAUCUUACACUUGAGAAGGAUCCACAGCAAGAAGACUUUUUACAGGGUAGAAUGGUUGGGAACCCAUAUGCAAGCACAGAACCAGGACUUGGCCCUCUGAUGCGUGAUGUGAAAAAUAAAAUCUGCCAGGACUGUGAACUUGUGGCAUUAUUAGAAGAUGAUAAUGGAAUGGAAUUAUUAGUUAACAACAAGAUAAUAAGUCUGGAUUUACCAGUGAGAGAGGUUUACAAAAAGGUUUGGGUUGCAGAAGGGGGUGAGGGUGAUGCUAUGAGAGUUGUAUACAGAAUGCGAGGUCUUCUUGGUGAUGCUACAGAAGAAUUUGUGGAGACUUUGGAUGCCAAAAGUGAACAAGAAGUAAAUGAUGAAGAUUUGUACAAGAUGGCCAAUGUCAUGGCUGACUGUGGAGGCUUACAGAUUAUGCUUGACCGGUUUGCUGCUAUUAAAGAGACAACAAAGUCAAAACCAUUGCUUCAAGUACUAUUGAAAUUAUUUAAGCUCUGCCUUAAGGUACAACGUAAUCAGGAGUUGCUGAUCGAUCCUGAAUUAGGAACUGUUCCUGUUCUUCUCAGAAUAGUCCACUUGUGCUUGGUAAAUAAAUGUGAGAAAACCAUCACAGAACAGCUAUUACAGAUCACAGAAACCAUACUGCUGAAGGCCACUUCACGACCUGUUGAAGACUUUCAGAGAUUUUCUGCUUCUUUUGGAGGUACUUUACAUGUAGAGGCACUGUUGCCUUUUACCAUCAGUUCCUCUGUGACAAGCAACCCACCAUUGCUGUUGCAUCUCACCCGGAUUUUGGCAGCUCUUACAUACUGCAAUGAGGAGAGAAUGGCUUUGUUGUGUAAUCAUUUCAAGUCUGUGAUAGACUUCAAUAAGUUUGAUUCUGAGCAUACACCAGAUGAUGAACAGAAGCUUGAACUUUUCUGUACACUAACGGAUGGAAUUGAACGAAAUGACAUUGGAAACACAUUGAAGGAUUACAUUAUAAGCCUUGGUAUUGUACAGAAAGCAUUGGACUAUAUAAUGGUUCGUGCACCUACAGAUAAGCCAAUAUUGGUACGUAGCGACUGUGAGCUGUGGAAGGAUUUUAUUUCGAAACCUUCACUUAAAUACAUUCUAAGAUUCCUGACAGGACUUGCAGGAAAUCACCCUGCAACACAGCUGGCAGUUUCAGCAGAGUGUGUACCAAUCAUCCAUCAGCUCGAACAAAUGUCAUCAGAUGAACAUGUAGGUUCCUUGGCUGAAAACUUACUGGAAGCUCUGCGUCAGCAUCCAGAAGUGGCUUCCCGCAUUGAAGAAGUUCGAGAAUAUACCCGUGCAGAGAAAAAGCGUCUUGCAAUGGCUAUGCGGGAGAAACAACUAGGAGCACUUGGAAUGAGAAGCAAUGAAAAAGGACAGGUUACAUCUAAGAGCCCUCAUCUGAUGGAGGAUCUUGGUGAAGAAACAGGUCUUGUGUGUGUUAUAUGCCGUGAAGGUUAUAAGUUUCAGCCCAAGAAGGUCUUAGGUAUUUACACGUUUAGCAAACGAUGUAAUGUUGAAGAAUUUGAACCAAAGCACAGGAGAAGUUUAGGGUAUACUACAGUGACUCAUUUCAAUGUAGUUCAUGUCGAUUGUCAUAUGGCAGCAGUUAGAUUGGCUCGUACUAGAGAUGAAUGGGAUUCAGCUGCUUUGCAGAAUGCCAACACAAGAUGCAAUGGAUUGUUACCAGUUUGGGGUCCACAUGUCCCAGAAUCAGCUUUCGCAAGUUGCCUGGCGCGUCACAAUACAUAUCUUCAGGAAGGCACUGGACACAGGGACAUAACAUACCGAUCAACAGUGCACGACUUGAAAUUGCUACUUCUGCGCUUUGCCCAGGAGAAGAGUUUUCAUGAAGAUACAGGUGGUGGUGGUCCACAGUCAAACAUGUUUCUUGUGCCAUAUUUGUUGCAUAUGGCACUGUAUAUAUUCACUACAACACGUUCAUGGGCACGUGAGGAAGAAGAAAUGAUUAGUUAUCUUUCCAACCCACAUGGCUGGAUAAAAGACUGUUACAUUGCAGAAGGUCCAUUAUAUAAGUGUGUCAUGUACUUACUACUUCAUUCACCUGCCCGGUGGAAGGAGGAUCGCUUCCGUCACCUUAACAGGCUCAUAGUUUUGGCUCAAGCUCGUGCAACACAACCCAGUGGUCCAGGGCCAGAAAAUCGACUGCUGGAUCUGGAAGUCAAAGACUACUCAGUGUACAAACCUUACGUUGUCUUCUUUGGUCUUGUUGAUGGCAUAUACAAAUACAUUUUGAAGAAUUUGGCAGUGUCCUAUGAGAAACUGUGGCCGUCGACUCUCUCAACAUUUUUGCGACAUAACGAUGAGUUGUUAUUGAAGAUGUCAGAAAAAAUGUUCGCCUUUUACACAGAGGACCUCUUACCAUGUGCUUCAUUUGAAGAAGCGUUUGAUGUGUUAGAGUUAAGAGCAUCAUUGGAUACAGAGCCAUUAGCACACAUCCAGCUCGUCCUUUCAUAUGGAGCCUAGUCACCAGCCCCGAAUAUCGAAAAGAUGUUCAUAAUUUCCUUUGGAGAAGCAAUUUGUGAUUUUACACAUUGUGUUUACGUAAAAACUGAAACCAUGUGACUUCAAAAAAUUAAAUAGUGCAAUUUUUUGUGAACAGAUGUACAUAAUGAAAAGUGAACUUGUGACAUGGACUGUACAAAUACAGCAAAUUUGAUGGUGUUAUUUUUAAGUCCUUGGAUGUUAGGAGUGUCUAUAAAGUGUGGACUUUUUGGAAUAAAAAUUACAAAAUUUCGUGUAGAAAGUGACAUUUUAAUAAUAAUUAGUGAACAUAACAUUGUGUAACCUUUCAUGCAGUGUAGAGUGUAGUGUUUCAGCCAUAGUGAAAAUUAUUUCCUAUAUAAUUACUCCCAGUGAUAAAUUUGAGGAAAGGUGCUUCAUCCUUUUGUUUAUUCCACCCCUGAAGAGAGGAACCGACGGCUUCUGCCUUGCUUAAAAUCAAUGGUAUGUAUCCCUGAUACUCAGUUUGCUUGUCAAGAAACAUAUGCAAAGCCCAACAAACAGUUUUAAAAAAAAGUCACUACUGUUGCAGUAUGUCUAAUCAGAAGUACGCCAAGUGUUGAAUAAAUUGUUUUUUGAAGA